AUGUCUACCGCUGACACAAAUUGUGGGGUAUUACAAAUAUGUCUAAUAGCAUGGAAUACGGGAUCAGUCUUGUACAUUAUGUGGACUAGUGUCAUGUGUCUCACAAUAGCCGUCAAUGCCGCUAUGUGGAAUGGCAAUGUCACAGACUGGGCGCCUGCGUGGUGUGAAAUUUCCUCUCGCCUAGCUAUUGGCGGCGAAGUCGCUCUCCCAGUCGCUACGCUAUGCAUAAAUCGAAGAUUGUACCAGAUACUUACCCUUCAAUAUCAGAGAAACUGCGCUGCGUGUGUUGUGGCAACGGACACUUUCAUAUGUCUUUGCAUACCGGCGGUAUGCGUCGUUUUGUAUUAUGUUGCGCAAGUGAACCGCUAUCUGCUUGUAGAAGAUUUCGGCUGCUGCCCAGCAGACGGCAAAUACGGAGCCAGCGUUUUGUUGGUUGGCGUGUGGCCGCUGGUAGCUUCGAUUGUAUCAUCAAUCUAU